AUGGACUUCCGCGGUAGAAAAUAUGAGCGGGGCAGCAACUGGUCCGACCCAGAGGUGGCCGAACUUCUCCAGCUGUGGUCAGAUGAGUCGGUCCAACUCGAGCUGGAAAGUUGCCUCCGAAAUCAACAUGUAUUUAACCGAAUAGCGGACGUCCUGCGGGAGAACGGCAUCUAUCGCACUGGCGACCAGUGCAGGGAGAAGAUAAAAAAGAUGAAGCUGGAAUACCGCCGCAUCAAGGACAACCACAGGAUGAUACGCGGCGGGAGGUCAUGGAAGUUUUAUGAUGUUAUGGACCGGGUCUUAACGAACCGACCGGCCAUAGCCUACUCCUCAUUGGGCGGUGCCGUUAUAGCCCACCAGGUCCUCCAGAGCCCCCCUAGUGGGGCAGACGCAUACCUCCAUGGUCUGCCAGGUGGUGCCUUUGGUUCCGCUGCUUCGGGCGGGUUCUUGUUUGGUCAUCCACCCAAGCCGGGGGAGCUGCUGGAGAUCAAAUGCGAGCAUACAGAGUCCGAGGACGGAUUGCUGAACUCCGAUGCUGCUCCCCCAGAGCUGCUGUACCAUAUCGAGUCUGGAGAUGAGCAUGACACUGAUGGAAAGUCUGCCGGGCUGGACCAAGAGGAUACGGUCGAGAUGGCUCGAGGAGAACGCACGACGAGCGCGCGAUUCUCUCCUUCAGGUUGGCUAAAAAUGCCUAUUGCCCGGUAUAAUUUUGCAUGGAUAUUCAUUCCCUACUUUUAUAAAAGUGAGGGUAUUAGAUGCAACUAUUAUCUUGUAGUCCUAACACUUGGUAUGCUGUAUCAUUGCGCAAAUCGAACUGAAAUUUGUCCUUGCAAAAACACACUACAUGAUUACACUUUGAUUUGUGCACAUACACUCCUCUGCCUAUGUAUUUAUUUGUACAGUGAAGAUAAAAUUAGUACAUUUGGCCCUAUACUCCAGCAUUUUGGAUUUGAGAUCUAAUGUUUUAUAUGAGGCAACAGUACAGAAUGUCAUCUUUUAUUUGAGGGUAUUUUCAUACCAGUGGAGACUCCUCAGAGGAGGAAGGGGAGGACCAUCCUCCUCAGUGAAUAGAUACAACUAUACUAAAUAUAUUCACGUCACCAAAUAAUUGAUUAAAACACACUGUUUUUCAAUGAAGGUCUACGGUAGCCUCAACAGCACUCUGUAGGGUAGCACUAUGGUGUGCCCGGAGGACAGCUAGUUUCCGUCCUCCUCUGGGUACAUUGACUUCAAUAUAAAACCUAGGAUGCUCAUGGUUCUAACCCCUUUCCAUAGACUUACACAGUAAUUAUGACAACUUCCGGAGGACAUCCUCCAACCUGUCAGAGCUCAUGCAGCAUGAACUGGUAUGUUGUCCACCCUAUCAAAUGACAGAGAAUGAAUCUAGUACUGAAAGCAUAAGCUACAGCUAGCUAGCACUGCAGUGCAUAAACUGUGGUGAGUAGUUGACUCAGACAAAUUAAUUUAUUCAAAAAUGAAGGAGAAGCGAGAGAGGGAGAGAGAGCUAGCUAUAUUUUGUUGUAUUUUUUUUCUCACUUUCACUUAGAUAGCGAAUGUAGCUAGCUACCUUAGCCUACUCAAACACCUGGCUCAAACAGAGAGGGAUGCUAUGUUAGCUAGCUGGCUAUGGCUAGCCAACACUGGAACUCUUCCAAGUCUAGGUAAGCUUUUGGUUUUAUUCAUUUAUUGCCACUGGGGCCCUGCCGGUGUAACUGCUAAACUACUUGCUGACUGUACACUGUACUGCAUUAUUGAAGCGGAUUUACUAACGCAUUAGUUUUAGUAGCUAUGUUGACUAUGACGUUAAUAUGGUGACAACGAUGUAGUGUGUAUGUAGCGGUUAGCAGUUAAGAUAUGAAGGUUUAGCUUGGAACUUUUUAUGCCUGGUCACAGAUAGCUGAUGUGUUGUGCACUGAAGUCCACAAGGGAAGGGAAAAGGUGAGAGGAGGAGAGCACGUAGAUGCGAGAAGGAAUUAUAUCACGAGUGAUCAUGCUGUUUGUAUGUGGCUGCUAUGAAAGGGAACUGUGUUUGCGUGUGAUCAGGGGUGUAUUCAUUCUGCCGAUUCUGUUUAAAAAACGUUUCUUAAACAAAGCAAAUGGAACGAAACGGGGAUAAACAUACCUGAAUUUGUCCAAUAGAAACUCUGGUUUGCAACUGUUGGACAAAUGAUUACACCCUAGAUCAGCUAGAUGCAGGCAAGAGUGUUGAAUGUGUUACUGUCUGUCACCUUGAUUACUCUGAUUUUUCUCUCGACCUGUGCACCUACGUUGUAAACUUUCAUUCAUAGGCUAGGUUGUAGCAACCUCAUGAUGGGUAUAGGGAAAAUUCGAAUAUCAUGUAGGAGCCUAAACCUAGCGAUGUUACAUUGAGAUGGGUGAAUAGAAUAUGAAUGACAGUGGUCUAAUAUGCUGUAAUAGAAAUAAGGCUCAUGGAAAAAAAAUCGUCCUGCAUCACCUUAAAUGGCACAGACUGUCACCGUUUCAUACAUAUCUGUUUUACCGUUUAGAAGUAAAAUCACUUUAUGUAUCUAGUCCCCCAUUUGAAUAAUAGUUUUUUUCUUCAUAAGUAUUCAGACAGCUACAGCUGCCUCUGAUUGGGAACCAAACCGGCCAACAUAGAUCUACACAUAAUAGAUAUUCACCAUAUAAAUAAACACAACACAGAAACUACACACCCUGGCUCAACAUUUAAGAGUCCCCAGAGCCAGGGCGUGACAAAUACCCUCAAAUAGAAGGUGACAUUCUGUACUGUUGCCUCAUAUGAGACAUUUGAUCUUAAAUCCAAAAUGCUGUAGUAUAGAGCCAAAUUAAAAGUUUUAGCUUCACUGUCUAAAUAAAUACGUAGGGGAGUGUACGGAAGUGGAUAUAUCAUGUAGCUGGAGCGCAUGAUAGCUUUGAAUGACAGUAAGUAUGGAUUUAAUAAGCAAAAUAAGGGUUUGUGAUCUCUUAUCCCUUCUUCCCUCUUCUCUCCUCUCUCUCUUUCCGUCCUCAGGUUUCAGUGAUCAGAACCAGGCUGGGUUCCUCAGGCACAGGGGCCUCCAUUGCUGGUCCUGAUGGCCGGGACACAGGGAACCAGCUUGACCCAGAUGCUUCCCGACCUGCAGCCCCUGUGAGGCAGAGGAAGCGUCGGCGUGCAGGUAGAGGGGCCGGUGGGGGUGGAGGGGGUCGAUGUGGGGGCCGGGGGCCCCUGGACGAGGCCCUGGUCAGCUUCCUGAGCUGGCAGCGGUCUGCAGAGGAGCGGCUCAUCUCCCUGGAGGAGGCACGGCUGGAGAGGGAGGCGCAGGCAGAGGAGAGGCGGGAGCAGCAGGAGGAGAGGAGGGCGGAGCAGGAGAGACAGCAUGAGCUCCGUCUGUUCAGCAUGUUCACUGGGGCCCUGGCCGCUGUCAGACAGACUGCCCCUACUGCUCCACCGUUUGCUCCUACUUUCUCUACUGACUCAACUGUACCCUCUGCCACUUCUGGACACACCACUAUACUUAAUGCCCUAUCUGCCCCAGCUACUUCGUCUGUCCCAUUUGGCUGUCCUGCCCCAACUACAGAACCACCACCAUCCAUCCCAGCCCGUUGCCUCACUAAACCUAAGAGCAUACUGGCCACACUAAGUGGUGCAGAGACCCCUGGCCACAGUGUCUACCUGUCUCGCCGUGGCAACUCCAUUAGACAGCACCAGGGAGUUCUACAGGAGGGCUACACCCAGUACCACGCUGACAAAUACGAGCACACUGACAACCCCAAUGUGAGUCUCCAACACUGCUGCUGCUCCGCAUGUUGUGAAGAGUCGUUCCAGACCUGUGUGUGGUGUCAUUUCACUUUGUGGCAAAUGUAUCUGUAAAAAGUGCUAGACAAAUAACAAUUGAUAGAUUGAUUGAAAGAUAGAUUGAUAGAUUUAGGUGUCUCUCGUCUCCAGGGCAUCAUCAACAUGGGCACCAGUGAGAACAAGCUGUGCUAUGAUCUGCUUCACAAACGGGUGAGAGAGGGGGAAGAAAAAAGAGGGGAGGGAGAGCGGUUCAUGUGGUUGCUCCACAUUGCUAAUCACUGACUUUGUCAAUCAGAGUGAUACAUUCUUUAUUCUAUGGUAUUGACCAGCUAGUGAGGUGUCUGUUGGAGAUGUGGUUCUGUACUUACUGUAACUAUAUAUCAUCUGUAGCGCUGUGCAUUACACUCCUAUUGAAUGUAACCGUUCUCUCUCCGUCCAUAAAUCAAAACCCUUUUUGUGCCACUGCCUCCCUGCCACAGAUGACCCAGCCUGACAUGCUUCAUAUCGACCCAGCCUUGCUGCAGUAUCCUGACUGGAAAGGCCACCGCUUGUAAGCAAUCACCUUGUAUGAGGACUCCAUAUGUCAUGUGGAAAAGGAUGGCUAUGGUACAUGUAUUCAUUAGAGAUAACUGAACUACAAUUCAAUAACAUGUUUAUUACACACAAUAAAUAUGUUGAAUAGAGCAGUGAUAAAGAUAAGGAUGAUGAGGAUGUUAAUAAUGAUGGUGAUGGUAUCCCCUCUUUAGUCUGAGAGAAGAGGUGUCCAGGUUCCUGUCCCACUACUGUGGUUCGCCCAGCCCACUGAGAGCAGACAAUGUGAGUGAACUGAGCUCUCCUCAGCCCUUAGUAGUACUGUAUAAUGGCUCUAGUCUAGUGUAUAAUCCUGGCCAAUAGGGAAUAGGGCUGUGAUUGCAGGAUGAAUCUAUAAAGCUAGUGUCUUAUUUGUGUGUGUGUGUUCAGGUUGUUGUGAUGAAUGGCUGUGGUUCCCUCUUCUCAUCCAUAGCCGCAGUGCUUUGUGACCCGGAAGGUUAGUUCAACUCAGUAGACUCAAGAAGUAUGUCCAGUUGUUUCACAUAUGUCUCACAUAUUAUAUUUUUAAAUAUCAUCCAUCCAACUGUGUAAGAGAUGGUGUUUAAUUCAUGGCUUUCAGUGUUUGAAUGUAAUUGAAUAUUGUGAGGUUUAUCCUGACAAUGUGUGUUUUAGAUGCAAUCCUUAUUCCAACCCCAUUCUAUGGAGUGAUCACUGAGGAUGUGCAUCUCUACAGCGGUGUUCGGCUCUUCCAUGUUCAUCUCGACUGUGAGGUAGGCCUCCUUUCUUGAAAAAUAAAAGGAGAGCCGCACACUAGGAGCUCAGAUGCAAUCAUUUAAUAACCAAUAACCAACGUUUCUACCCUGAUGAAGACAGCUUGUCUGUCGAAACGUUGGUUAUUAGGUUAUUAAAUUAUUUCAUCUGAGCUCCUAGAGUGUGCGGCUCUCCUUUUCUUUUUGAAGUGUUCUUCUCCAUUAGCCAGCACCUCGCCUAAACAGGUGUGCGUUUCUUUCGCCUCCAGAUAGGCCUCCUUUCUUAACAUAAUACACCCUAUACCAUAAUAUCACCCUGUGUUGUAUUGUUGUAUAUGUUAUUUGAUGGCUCAUUUAUCUGGACCAUAUAUUUUCUUGUGUGCUUGUUGUUUGUGCUUUUAGCCUAGUGACAGUGGCAGUCGGCCUUUCCACCUUACUGUGGACAAACUGGAGGAAGCUAUGAGGAAGGCAACUAGCGAGGUAGCCCCCCCCCCCCCCCCCCCCCCCUCCAAAACAGAAUAGUUAUCCAUUGAUAAAAUGAAGACACCGGUACUAGAAUGUUUCAUUGGUGUAACUGUCCCUCGGUGUGGCCCUGUCUGUCAGGGGGUGACCGUGCGGGCCGUGGUCCUGGUGAACCCCCAUAACCCCCUGGCUGAGGUCUACUCCCCUCAGGAGAUGACUGGCUUUCUGGAGUUUGCCAAGAGGUGAGAUUUCUCCUCAUAUCAUAUUACCAUAUUGUACAAUAUUUUUUCCCUCUUGCGCAUAUAACGCAGAGUAUCAUGACUGUAGUUGUGUUUUAAAGUGUAACCAUAAACCAGCUCAUUUGUACAACACACUGCUCCCUACUGAUAGAGGCCUUUUACUGCCUGCUUGUAUUGCCUUUGUAAACAUCAUAAAACGGUGCAAUAGAAAUUCAUAGUAAAUGAUUUCUCUUUUCCUCCCUGUUCUCUCCAUUCCUUCCCCCCUGCCUAAGGCAUAAGUUGCAUGCCAUUGUAGAUGAGGUGUACAUGCUGACGGUGUUUGAAGACACCUUCCACAGCGUCCUCAGCAUGGACAGGUAUGAUGCACACACACGCACACACGCACACAAACUCUCCCUAUGGAAUGUACAUUAAUAAUGGUGUGCUUACAGCCUGCCGGACCCCCAGAGAACACAUGUGAUGUGGGGAAUCAGCAAGGUAAGAGUUUAAAGUGAGUGUGUGUGUGUGUGUGUGUGUGUGCAUGCGCGUGUGUGUGUGAUGUGUGUGUGUGUGCAUGCAUAUGCAUGUGUCUGAAUGUGUUUGUACAUACAUGUUGUUGUGGGGGCUAUCUGGGGGUUAUGUGGCCAUCCUCUUAGAUUGUCCCCUGUCUCCUGUGUGUUGUCCCUGUGCAGGACUUUGCGAUGGCAGGAGUGCGUGUGGGCACUGUGUACUCUGAUAACAGGGACUUGGUUGAAGCUCUGGAUAAACUGGGGACGUUCCAUGGUGUCCCUGGUCCCAUACAGCACCAGAUGGCAACGCUACUCCAGGACAAAGGUACGCAUACACACACACACACACACACACACACACACACACACUAGAUGAGAGGAAAUGUCAUCCAAGUAGGGAGCUCAAUCUACCUGUGUUCUACUCUGUAGAUUGGAUCGAUGGGAAGUUUCUUCCAGAGAACAGGCUGAGAAUGCAGGCAGCUCACAGGUACAUGACAGGGGAGCUACAGAGCCUGGGAGUCCCCUACCUCCACCGGCCUGCAGGCUUCUACAUCUGGGCUGACCUCAGGAAGGUAAGGACACUGAAACACGGUUGGGGUUACUGCAUGGUGUGAAGCUGAUGAUUUGGUUCUUCCUGACAUGGUUCCUCCUCCUCUCUCUCUCUCUCUGUCUCUCUCGGUCAGUACCUGCAUGAGCCGUCAUUUGCGGAGGAACUGUCCCUGUGGAGGUGUUUCCUCAGACACAAGGUGGUGCUGAGCUGUGGCCAAGCCUUCCACUGCUCCACCCCCGGCUGGUUCCGCAUUGUCUUCACCGACCGACAGCAACACCUUACGCUCGGUACGUUCAGAUGCUUUUCUCCUCUCAUGAUAAGGGGGCAGGAAAACAGAUAUAGGGAGACGUUGAUCUUUUUUCCUCCUCGCUUUCUCUUUUCGCCCUCUUCUUUCUUCUGUCCUGUUUUCCUCUAAUUCCUAUCUCUUCAUCUCAUUCUGUGAAGUCAUACAAUGACAUGAAAACUAAAUCAAAGGGAUGGGGUUAUGUGGUUGUUGUAGGCAUGCAGAGGAUCAGGAAGGCCUUGGAGGAGAUAGAUGGGGCCACAUCCACCCCUGACACGGGCACAACGAAAGAGGCCACAGAGGAGAAAGGGACAGAGAAGACAACACAGGGGGACACAACACACACACACAAACCUCUGACUGAUAAGUCAACAUCCUUGUCCAAGAACACAUCAUCAGAAGAGCCAGAGGAGAAGGAUAAUCCCACCCCUGAUGCCAUCCCAUUGGUCAGUGAAGACUUUGUCCUGCUCGACUGCCAGACGUCCCACCCCACAGAGAGUCUGGACUCCCUGAUUGGUGCCCUGAGGCAACAGAUCCACACAUCUGACUGGCUGGAGAAGAACACUCCGGAACUGUCUGCUGGGGAGGACCCAGAGCUGCUGGAUGUGUUCAAAGACCUGCUGGACAGAGCCAGGAAGUAGAGGAGAGGAGGGGAU